ACGGGGCACUAACAGAACUGUAAGGCUAGACACGUGUGCAGAGGGGACCCAGCAGGGUCUGCGUGGGGACGGGGGAGUGUCGACGUCGACCAAAAGGCUCGGUAUGCAAAUGAGAUGCAAAAUAGCAUGCAGACUAGGGCAGUGUUCUGCUGCACUCUGCUGUGGUUCUUAGUCCAGCAGAGCUACGCUCGGAGUCCCCGGGCCUCGCUCUGUGACACAGUGUGGGAACCGUGUCCAGAGGGGGGCGGGUCUGGGGCGUGGGAGCUGCAGUUAAAAGGGGCAGCUCGCCAGCUGGGUCAUGAGCGGGGGAGGUCGAGGGCUGCUGAAAAAGGAGGGGCAGCGCUGCAGAGCCAGGGCUGCGGCUACCCCGGGAUAUCCUCUCUUUGGCUUCACUUCUGCAGGAUACAAAGGAGCCUCUGUCCUUACUACAGCCGUCAGGGAAGGUAUCAAGGCGGUGGCUUCUCAUGGCUCCCCGUUUUGUCUGCAAGAAAAAUGGCCUAAGGGCGGCCUGGUAGCUGUCCUCUAUCUCCCAUCUGGGCAAAGCCUAGGAAUACAGCCAGAGAAACUCUGAGAGUCUGUCCCCAGCCUGCAGGCAUUGCUGCAGAGCCCACAUACUUGGCUUCCAGAGACUCAACCUGUGGGGACAGCCAUUCCAGCACGCGGAGGGCCCUUUAAGGGGUGGGGCCAAUGCUCCGUAGGGCCGCCUCCGAUUCGACUCGGUGCUAGCUGGACUGGCUCGCACCUCUGCCAACCGUUUUUUCUUUUUCUUCCCGUCUCUUCCCGGGUGACCCCGGAAGUGGAAGUAAGCUCAGGUCGGCGCCCGCGGCGGGGACGGAAGGCGGAAGCAGAGCGUGAACGGGAGGCGGAGCCGGGGGAGCUGCUCUCGUAGCUCCCCCUGGCCCCAGGCCCAGCUGCUCGAGGGGGAGGAGUUACCGCCGCUCUUCGGCAUCAGCACAUAAUAUAUGAUGGCUGUGACCUAAAAUCCUCAGGAAGCCCUGGGGUCAUGGCCCAGAAGCACCCUGGAGAAAGAGGGUUGUGUGGAGCCCACCAAAGUGGUGGUGCCUCUCUCAGAACUUUAGGAUCCUCCGCGGACCCUGAAAUACUUUCAUUCUCAGGACUCAGGGACUCAGCAGGGACUGCUCCUAAUGGUACCCGCUGCCUCACAGAGCACUCUGGUCCUAACUACACACAGCCCCCAAACCCAGCCCACUGGUCGGAUCAGCAUGGCCCCCCAAGGGGUCCAGGACCACCUAGGGAAGGAGAGGACCCUGAUCAGAGUGAAGCAUCUUCAGAAGAGUCAGGAGUGGACCAGGAACUCUCAAGAGAGAAUGAGGCCGGGUACCAAGAGGAUGGGAACCUCUUUCUUUCCAUUCCAUCUGCUUGUAACUGCCAGGGAACCCCUGAUCCUGAAGGGCCAUAUUCUGAGCGAGGAGAUGGCUCUUCUAGCAACUUUUGCCACCAUUGUACCUCUCCAGCCUUGGGGGAAGAUGAAGAGUUGGAAGAGGAAUACGAUGAUGAAGAAACUCUUAAAUUCCCCAGUGAUUUUUCACGUGUGUCCAGCGGAAAGAAACCCCCAUCUCGAAGGCAGCGGCAUCGCUUUCCAACCAAGGAGGAUACUCAGGGUGGCCGUAGAGAUCCCAGGUCCGCUGGUCGACAUCGACUGGGCAGGAAACGAAGUCAGGCAGAUAAGCGCAGAGGCCUGGGAUUGUGGGGAGCAGAGGAACUAGGUCAACUUGGACAGGCAGGCUUCUGGUGGCUGAUUGAACUUCUGGUAUUGGUGGGAGAAUAUGUGGAAACUUGUGGCCAUCUCAUCUAUGCAUGCAGGCAGCUGAAAGGCAGUGAUCUGGACCUUUUUCGAGUUUGGGUGGGAGUCUGGGCAGGGAGGGUGGGGGGCUGGGCCCAGAAGUUCCAUUUUCUAAGCCAAGGGCUUUACUAUGGGGUUGGACUGUUAACCCGUUUUCUUAGGUUACUGGGUGCUUUGCUGCCUGCUCUGGCCCUCUUUUUGGGCUGUCUGCAGUUGGUGCAGUUUCUGGUGGGACUGGGUGACCGUUUAGGCUGGAGGGAUAAGGCCACCUGGUUCUUCUCUUGGCUAGAUUCUCCAGCUUUGCAGCGUUGCUUGACUGUGCUGAGAGAUAGCAGGCCAUGGCAGCAGCUGGUAAGAAUAGUUCAGUGGGGUUGGCUAGAGUUGCCUUGGGGCAAGCAGAGGACUAAUAGACAGGGGAAUGCACCCGUAGCUAGUGGACUAUGCCAUCCUGAAGAGGAAGUGGCUCGACUCUUGAGUAUGACUGUUCCUGAGGAUGAGUUAAACCCUUUCCAUGUGCUUGGGGUUGAAACCACAGCAUCAGAUAUUGAACUGAAGAAGGCCUAUAGGCAGCUGGCGGUGAUGGUUCAUCCUGAUAAAAAUCAACAUCCCCAGGCUGAAGAGGCCUUCAUUUUGCGGGCAGCUUGGGACAUUGUCAGCAACCCUGAAAGGCGGAAGGAAUAUGAGAUGUAAGAACGGAUGGCAGAAAAUGAGUUGAGCCGGUCUGUGAAUGAGUUUCUGUCCAAGUUGCAAGAUGACCUCAAGGAGGCGAUGAAUACUAUGAUGUGUAGCCGAUGCCAAGGAAAGCACAGGAGGUUUGAAAUGGACCGGGAACCUAAAAGUGCCAGAUAUUGUGCUGAAUGUAAUAGGCUGCACCCUGCUGAAGAAGGAGACUUUUCAGAAUCAAGCAUGUUGGGCCUCAAGAUUACCUACUUUGCACUGAUGGAUGGAAAGGUGUAUCUGUUUUCAGAGUGGGCUGGAUGCCAGCGUGUCGGAAUCUCCCCAGAUACCCACAGAGUUCCCUAUCACAUCUCAUUUGGUUCUCGGAUCCCAGGCACCAGUGGUCGCCAGAGGGCCACCCCAGAUGCCCCUCCCGCUGACCUUCAGGAUUUCUUGAGUCGGAUCUUUCUAGUACCCCCUGGCCAGAUGUCCAAUGGGAACUUCUUUGCGGCUCCUCAGCCUGGCCCUGGGGCCACUGCAGCCUCCAAGCCCAACAGCACAGUACCCAAGGGAGAAGCCAAACCGAAGCGGCGGAAGAAAGUGAGGAGGCCCUUCCAACGUUGAAGCCCCUUCUCUUUUUUCCUCAAAUCAAUGUCAGGGAGUCAAAGGGCUGUGUACAGCACAGGAUGGAGUUUGAUUUGAUUAUUUUUAAAUAUUUUAAAAAGGGAAAAUGUUAAGCUUAAAUUGUUCAUCAGUACUCA